AUGCAAUUUGAUUUCAAUUCUGACUACCCAGGUCUCAACGCGACGACCGUUAGCCAAGCACUCCCUUUGGAAGCCCUCAGCCACGAUCCAAUACCAUUCCCAGAUGCACAAGAGAUCUCAUGUGCCAGGAUAACAACACGUGUGUUCAAUCCAACUCAUAGUGCAGUUACAACUGUACAGAAUGUUCUGGUGCGAACGGGAGCCAGGUCGCUGCGUGAUGAUGCCUCAGUCAGCAGCAACAUGUCUUCCGACAGUUCUAGUUCGGACGAGAGUAUGAAAGUGGAAGACCAGCCGAUACGGCAUAGUGCUGUAACAUCAGUGAAAAAUGCCUACUGGUUACAACGAACAAUAAGAGAAGCAAUUUACGGGCGGGUCCUUUUGGCGGUUGUCCUCAAACGGCGUCCCCCCGAACUUUCCGCUGCUGAUGGUGCCGAAUGGGAAGUCACUGCUGAUCACUGUGCAGUGAAGGAGAUGUCAUGGCAACACAUUAGACGAGAAAAAGAUCGAUUAGCGGAGGAUCCUAUCAAAGAAGUAUCUUCGAUGCAGUAUCUGAAGCUAUUUUUUGCAGAAUACCAGCGUGCGUCUGGGCGGACUGUAACACAAUUAGACUCGACUGUCAUGGAGUCAUUUCAAGUCAUGAGAGAAACCAACGUGAUGAUGCCUUUAGAUUUACUGACGGACGAGUUAAAUAUGUAUAGCAUUAUGCCGUACUGCGACGGGGGUGAAUUAUUCGAGCGCUUGGACCUUAACGAACGCUUUUCUGAAGACGAGGCAAGAUAUUGGAUGGAUCAAGUACUGAAUGGACUUGAAACUCUUCAGCAUGCAGGAAUAUGUCACCGAGAUAUGAGCUUGGAGAAUUUACUUGUGCACCAGAAUGGAGCACUCAUUAUCGACAUGGGAAUGUGUCUAAUGAUCCCUUUUCAAGAUACAGCAACACAAACUGCCAUGGCAGCAUUCAACAAUAUGAGCUCAAAUCGAUCGAAUCUAUUUCAUGUUGCAAACAAACAAUUUCUGACUGGACGAAGUAGGCCGCGACUUUUGAUACGGCCCCAGGGUACCUGUGGCAAAUGGAUGUACAUGUCGCCUGAAAUUUACAAAAAUUCUGAACCAUUCGACGGAUUUGCGGUUGAUAUGUGGGCGGCGGGCGUUAUUCUGUUUUUGAUGUUGACAGGCUUUCCUCCUUGGGAGCGUGCGUGUGCUACAGAUGAAAGAUUUCACUACAUGACCGCAGGAUACCUGGUGCAAAUGUUAACAGAAUGGAAUAUUGGAUUAAGUGGCGAUGCAAUGGAUCUGCUGCAACGGAUGUUGUUCCUCGACCCAAAGGACCGUUUGAGUUUGGACCAGGUCAAGGCGCAUCCUUGGAUGACAAAUGGGCAGCGUUCGCAACCGCAAGGUUUGAGGAGAUGA